AAAGCAACCAAACAAGCUUUGCUGAGGGCUUCGAGCGCUCGGGGCACACACUACCGCUGAACUGCGCAACAGCGAAGCAGGGGUUCGCGUGGGGACGAUGAAGAGCAUUCGGGUUCUCGUGAUGGGCUGUGGCGGCGUCGGGCGUCAGCUUCUCGAACACAUCAUCAGCUGUAGAUCUCUUCACGCACAGCAGAAUUUGGUCCUACGGGUUGUUGGUGUUUGCGACAGCCAGUCAUUGCUCUUGGUCGAUGAUGUUUCCGAGAUGGAAUUGAACGAUGAGUUCUUGUUGGAGUUGUGCCGGGCCAAGUCUGCUGGUUCUCCUCUCUCGUCUCUGCGUGGUUCUGGUAAAUUUCAUGUGUUCGAAAAUUUUGAGGUGAAGGAAAAGGUUAUUGAUGCUGCUGGUCUUCUUGGCAGCUCAUCUGGUCUGGCAGUAGUGGACUGUUCUGCUAGCUCCGAGACUGUAGAAAUACUAAUGCAAGCCAUUGAUCUUGGUUGUUGCGUUGUGUUGGCAAACAAGAAACCACUUACAUGUAAAAUUGAUGAAUAUGAGAAGCUGGUCUCAAAAUUCCGCCAUAUUCGAUAUGAAUCGACUGUUGGAGCUGGUCUUCCAGUAAUAGCUUCUAUAACUCGGGUGCUCGCUUCUGGAGAUCCUAUAUUUCGUAUUAUUGGCAGCUUGAGCGGUACACUAGGCUAUGUAAUGAGUGAAUUGGAGGAUGGAAAGCUGUUCAGCCAAGUUGUUAAUGCAGCUAAGGGCCUUGGAUAUACAGAACCAGAUCCACGUGAUGACCUUGGUGGGAUGGAUGUAGCUAGAAAGGCACUAAUACUUGCUCGGCUCCUUGGAUGGCGGAUUAACUUGGAUGAGCUAAAGGUAGAGAGUUUGUACCCAAAUGAAUUGGGACCUAGCUCAAUGUCCACAGAGGAGUUCCUUAAUAGGGGUCUUCAAUCACUUGAUUCAUACAUGGCUGAUAAAGUCAGAGGGGCUUCAUUGAAAGGGAAUGUUCUUCGCUAUGUCUGUGUUAUUGAGGGAUCAAGGUGUCAUGUUGGCUUACAAGAGCUCCCAAAAGAUUCUCCCCUUGGAAGACUCAGAGGAAGCGAUAACGUGAUUGAAAUAUACAGCAGGUGUUACAAGAAGUCACCUUUGGUUAUUCAAGGAGCAGGAGCAGGGAAUGACACUACAGCUGCUGGAGUCCUUGCUGAUAUCAUUGAUCUUCAAGACCUUUUCCUCUAAACUUGCUUAUCUGUGUUGGUUUAACAUGCCUACACCUCUUGGAUAUCUCAACAUGUCUCAUUUUUCUUGGUAUCUUGGAUGAAGUAUGUGUCAUCAAUCAUCAUUCCAAAAGAACAUUGUAAAAGAAUUCUUUGUUUUUAAGGAUGAGAUUAGACUGAAUUGUCAAACCAUAGAGCUUGUUUCUACAGUUUGCGUUGGUGAGUAAUGAUCAUCAGAAA